CUGGUUUUGUUUGUGUUGCUAGAGGAAGUGAGGUUUAAAAUGAAGACACUUCUUCCCUCAGUUGGCAGGAUUAUAAGUGCUGUGCGUGUCAUACUGUCCAACUUUGAGCCUAGUCAUUUAUAUGUUCCAUAUGUUUGGACAAGAACACCAAAAACAUGAAAAACCUCAUUUUUUUGUGGGCUUUAUGUCGGAUGUCAUGCUGCAUUGAAACAGGCUCUCACUCCCUGUGGAUUUUCUCAACGGUCAUCAUUGGAGAUAAAACACCUUUCCCAGAAUUCAGUACGGUGGUGAUGCUGGAUGACAUCCAGCUUGCUUACUACGACUCAGAUGUACAGAAGCUGAUCUACAGACAAUACAAGUCAGAGAAUGAACAUGAAGAGCAGAGAGAUGCUGGCAUUAUAUUCAGAGAGGAGCAUAGACAGAUGAAAAUCAGAGCAUUAUUUUCAAAGGACCAGCUCAACAGUACACAAGGUGUCCAUGUUCAGCAGACCUUAACUGGUUGUGAGUUGCUUGACCAGGACACCCCUGGUCUAAUGCAAUCCUGGAAUGCUUUUAACACCAUUAAUGAUGGAGAGCUAAAUUUCAACAUACAACAGAACACUCUACAGUGCAAUGGUAAGUGGCCAAAAUUGUGGAGCCAUAUUGAAGAAAAAGGUAUUGAAUUGCUGCAUGCACAGAUAUACAGUCCUGUGUGCCUCAAAGUCCUGAAGAAUUAUCUCCACACGAUGAAAAAUCAAAUCAUGAGAAAAGUGAAGCCCAGAGUCAGGCUCCUCCAGAAGACACUCCCAGACUCUGGAGGAGUCAAAGUGACCUGUCUGGCCACUGGUUUCUACCCCCGUCACAUCAACCUGACCCUGCUCAGAGACGGCCAGCCUGUGUCUGACCACCAGAUCACUGGGGGGGAGCUGCUUCCCAAUGUAGAUGGAACCUACCAGAUGAGGAAGAGCCUGGAGGUCAGCGCAGAGGAACUAAGAAACAAACACCAGUACUCUUGCACUGCUGAACACCUCAGCCUGGACAACAAACUAGACAUCAAAUUGGUUAACGCUCGUGUAGGUACCCGUAACAGAGUGCCCCCUGUGGUCGUGCUGGGAGUUGCACUGCUGCUGUGUGUGGGUGGAGUCAUUAUCAUGUGCCUCCGCCGCAGAAGACACAGGUCCUCCUCUGAUGGCUCUGAUGGCUCGACUAAUGUCUCAACUGAUACCUCGGAAACAGAUGAACCUCUGCAACUUCCGCACAAGUCUGCAAUCUAGGUGCUUUAAGUCAUGAGUGCCUCAGUGGCAAGAUAAUAAGUAUUGGUUUGUACAUGUCCAUGUGGAAACUGAAGCAAUUACUGUAGUGUUGGUAAACAUGAGAAAAUACUUUGGUGGUGGCACUCUUCUUGACACCAAAGGGCUUAAAGGAGAAAUCUGGGUAUUUUUCACAGAGCUCCAUUGAAUACGGCAGACAUUGAAACUAGUAAAACUGCAAAAAGAGCUUAACCAGUAAUAUUACAGUUGAAAUGGCUAAAGUGUGAUUGAAAUAUAACCUUGCUUAUGCAAACUGUAAUCAUGCUAUGAAACAUAAUUACAUCCUGCUGUAGUAUGAAAAGGAUUCUUGCUAUGAGUAUGAUAUAAUCUGCUGUAGUAUAAAAAGGAUUCUUGCUAUGAGUAUGAUAUAAUCUGCUGUAGUAUGAAAAGGAUUCUUGCUAUGAGUAUGAGUAUGAUAUAACUUGCUAUGAGACAUAGUAAGAAAUGUUUUUGUUCAAUUGUCAAAUGUUCGUAUAAUCAUGUACUGUAUUUAAUCCUGUGUGAUCAGAUAUACUUCUGUUAGAAAAAUAAACAUGUUUUGAUA